AUGUCCCUCUUCCUGUUGGCUGCCAGUGUUGCGGCCCAGGCCGAGAACCUCUACACUGCAACUGCGUCCAGUGACGUCGCUGCGGCCGCAGCUACGGCCAAGACGCUGUAUCCCACGAGCAACGUAAAGGGGAAGGCGUUCGACCGUUUUGCUGUCAUCUGGUUGGAAAACACUGACUAUGACAUGGCGGUUGGCGACCCAAACCUGGCCUGGCUGGCGGAAAGGGGCAUUACCCUGUCUGGCUACCAUGCCGUCACACACCCGUCUGAGCCGAAUUACGUUGCCGCUAUUGGCGGCGACUACUUUGGCAUGCAAAACGACAACUUCAACCAGAUCGAUACCAAUGUAUCCUCUAUCGUCGACUUGCUUGAGGAUAAGGGCAUCUCCUGGUCCGAGUAUCAGGAGGAUUUGCCAUAUACCGGCUUCGAGGGUAUGGCUUGGGUGAACCAGGAUAACGGCGCCAAUGCAUACGUGCGCAAACAUAACCCUGCCGUCAUCUACGACGACAACGCCAAGCAGAUUGACCGCCUAGCCAAGAUAAAGAACAUAUCUCUAUUCUACGAGGACCUCGAGAACGAGACUCUACCCCAGUGGAUGUUCAUCACCCCCAACAUGACUAGCGACGGCCACGAUACGAGUGUUACCGUCGCCGGCACAUGGACCCGCAACUUCCUAGAGCCUCUGCUCAACGACUCGCGCUUCAUGCAGAACACCAUGGUCCUCAUCACCUUCGACGAGAACGAGACUUACUCCAUCCAGAACCGGAUCCUCGGGAUCCUGAUAGGCGACGCUAUCCCAUCCGACCUCGUAGGCACCACGGACGACAACUACUACAACCACUACAGCGAGAUCUCCACCGUGAGCGCCAACUGGGACCUGCAUACGCUCGGCCGCUUCGACGUGGGCGCCAAUGUGUUCCAGGUGGUAGCUGACAAGACGAGCGACACAAUCCGUAAGUGGGCUGGGAAGAUUGAGUUGUCUGAUAUGUACUUCAACUGGUCGUACGCUGGGGUGUUCAAUACCAAUGGUGGCAACCAGCAGUACCCCGCGCCCAACUUGGGAAGCUGCGGCAAGUCGCACGGCCGAACUAUACUUCCCAGUAUCAAGGAGACUUGGGCCAACAGCACAGCGCCGGUGUACUACGACUUUGGGCUGGAGAUUCCAGAUGGGCUGCACCCUCCCGUUGGCUAUACACCGGUACCAUAG